UCGACUCUGAGAGUUCGUCAACAGCGAAGAAGAAGAGCACCUCCAUCACCAUGGAAGCUCAUCUCAGAGUCCGAGCAGCGUUACUUCUCUCAGUCUUAGCGCUUCUCUCACUGCUUGCCAGAUCCUCCUCUCAGGAGAUUCAGAUCGUCAACGCUGAGCGCAGAAUUGACUUGACAUCUCACAUUGUUAAGGUUUUCCUAACCUUGAAGGUUGAAAAUAUUGGGGCAUCCCCUGCUUCAGAAAUACUUCUUGCAUUUCCUCCCACACAAGUCGAUCAUCUAGCACUUGUGAAAGCUCAAGCAACUGUUGGAAAACGGAAGAAGAAAAGUUAUUUGCCCCUUGAUGUAAACCCAACUGAGCUACCUGAUGCACCAAAUGGAACCAAGCAUUUCUCAAUAUCUUUGCUCAAUCCAUUAAGCACUGGGGAAAGUGCAACACUGGAAGUGCUUUACAUAUUGACACAUUCUCUAGAACCUUUUCCAGCAGAAAUAAGUCAAUCAGAGUCUCAGUUGGUCUAUUAUCGUGAUAGUGCAAUAAUAUUAUCACCAUAUCAUAUUAAGCAACAAACGACUUUUUUUAAGACUCCAAGUACUAAAUUGGAAUCAUUCACAAAAGUGGAACCGACCAACCGUGCUGGUACAGACCUAAAGUAUGGACCAUAUGAAAAUCAUCCUCCAUAUUCGUUUUCGCCCAUAAUUGUUCAUUUUGAGAAUAACAAUCCAUUUGCCGUUGUUGAGGAGCUAGUCCGUGAAGUGGAAAUAUCUCAUUGGGGAAGUCUUCAGAUCACAGAGCAUUACAAAUUGAAGCAUGCUGGUGCUCGACACAAAGGCGUGUUUUCGAGGGUUGAAUAUCAAUCUAAGCCAUCUUUCAGCGGGGUGCCAUCAUUCAAAAAUCUUCUAGCAAGACUACCCCCUAGGGUUCACUCUGUAUACUAUCGAGAUGAAAUAGGGAAUAUCUCAACAUCACAUUUGCGUACUGAUCCCUGGAAGUCAGAACUUGAAAUUGAACCACGGUAUCCUUUAUUCGGAGGUUGGAAGGCUUCAUUUGUCGUUGGAUAUGGACUUCCAUUGCAAGACUUCGUUUUCGAGUCACCUGAUGGCAGGCGAUACCUCAACUUCAGUUUUGGAUGUCCUCUUGUGGAGACAGUGGUAGACAAGUUGACCAUCAAAGUUGUGCUACCAGAGGGAUCAAAAGACCCUUCUGCUGUGGUUCCUUGCUCAGUGGAGCAGCGUUUGGAGACCAAAUAUUCCUACCUUGACAUCGUUGGGAGGACGGUGGUGGUUCUGGAAAAGAACAAUGUAGUUCCUGAGCACAACUCUCCAUUCCAGGUUUACUACAACUUCAACCCAAUUUUCAUGCUUGCCGAGCCAUUAAUGUUGGCAUCCGUGUUUUUCUUAUUAUUCACCGCUUCUGUGGCUUACCUACACGUUGAUCCUUCCAUACGCAAGUGAUCAUUAGAAUUGUCAAAGCUUGAAUGGCGAACCACUUCCAACUUGGUUAGCAUACGGUGACAGAGCCUAAUUGGAAGGAGAUCAGAGUGUUGUAAGUGAACGUUGGAAACCAUAGCAUUAGAAAUUUAGAAAUUUCGUUCUUUGCGCUUUGUUGCCUUUCAUCGACUAUAGGUUUUGCAUUCGGAAAUUUUGUUGCUUGUGCAUCGUUCCCAUAACAGGCUAACUUAUGCCCCUAGCCAAUGGGCGAGUAUUGGAUUGUUGUCCUGAUUUAAGAAAUAUAAGGAUUCAAAGUUCUUUGAAGAGAAGAAAAUGUGUUGUCAGCU